AUGCAGCUCGAUUUGAUCAGCAAGGUCCACGCGCUGCAGUCCCAGCUGUCCCUUCUCAGCAGCCACCCGCUGCUGGCGCUGCCGGAAGCUGCCGAGCUCCUGAGCGAGUACCUUUCCGUCGACCUCGUCGGGAUCUAUGCGUACGCCCACGAGAGGCCGGGCGCCGCCGCGCUGAUGGCGGCGCACGGCCGCGGCGCCGGCUCGCUCGAGCGGACGGUCGUCGUGAGGGGGCCCGAGUGGGCGGCCGUGCGGCUGCAGGCACGGGGCGGGGCGGCGGAGGCGGGCUAUAUUGUCGAGGGAGACUUGCAGCAGCAGGAGCAGCAGCAGCAGCAGCAGCAGCAGCAGCAGCAGCAGCAGCAGCAGCAGGGGCACGCCGGCGUGCCUGCCGACUUUUUGCUGCUCUAUGCUGAGGCCGGCCUGCGCAGCGCCGCUGCCAUCGCGAUCGGCCCGCCGGGCGGCGCGCCGCUCGGGGCGCUGCUGCUGGCGUCGCAGCAGCCGGGUGCCUUUGACAAUGAAUGGGCGUCCCUUUGGCUGAGCGCCGCCGCGACCGGCCUGCUGCAGCACGUGCGGCCGCCGCAGGUGGCGCUCGCCGCGGAGAUGCUGACCAUGAUUGACGAGGUGCCAGACCCAGUGGGCGCAAUUAGCGCGCUGCUGCAGGUGCGUCGGGCCGCGGUUCUGCGCUGGUGGGGAAGGGGAGUGCAGGCGGAGUGGCGAUAA